UCUUCAUAGCAAGACACGAUGAGCUUCCACAAUGUUUCUAUUUUUCUUUUUGUUUGUUUCUGUUAUGUGGACUGUCAGAAUACUACUAACAUAACAGACCAGAAAACCUUGUCCGAUCUGCGGAAUAGAGUGUCUUUAUUAGAGAGGGCUAUUGGAAAAAUGCUUACUGGGAAGGAAAACGUCAACAUAACAACUGUCAAUGUACCAAGGAAAGGUUUGCCUAUCUUCAAUAACACACCAAUAGUAUUUUGCGCUCGAUCUAGUAGCAGUGUGAGUGGAAUCAACACUGGAUUCAUACUGAAAUUCCCCACCGUCAAUAUCAACCUAGGAAAUCACUACAACCCAACUAAUGGAAUCUUCAUCGCACCUGUUCACGGUCUUUAUAUGUUCCAUUGGACAAUGCAGUGUUACUAUAGUGGUAGCACACAUUGUAGUACCGGUCUAAGAGUUAACGAUUCACUGAAAGGAAAAAUACGGUCUGGAGAAGAGGCCAGUGGGUACUACCAUACUGGAUCCAACACAGUGAUAGUAGAAGUUGAGGCAGGAAGCCAUGUGUGGAUUGAAAAUGAGAGCUAUUCUAAUGUCUACAUUAAUUCUGAUUCAUCAUUUGCAGGAUCGCUUUUGCAGAUCCUUUGAACAAAAUUGAAAAUAUUUUAUUGUAACUUUGCGUGAUCGAAAAACUGUGACCACUCUCUCUGCAUAUUCCAGUGAUCUUUCUAGAGAAAAUUUAAGCCAAUGCAUAUAUUGUCAUUGGAAUAUAUAACAUUUAAUCGUAGAUGGAUAGAACUCUCUGACUUUUAAGUUGUUUUCAAAACCACUGUUUGGGACAUGUUAACUGUAUUGUUAUCUAACAUUGGAAGUCAAUUUUGACUCUGAUUAAGAUUUUUUUUGUAUAUUUGCACAAGAAAGAUGAUAAUAUG